AGCGCUUUCGGUUUCUCCUCCGCUCCGGUAGCCGCCGCCGCCGCCGCCGCCCGAGGCUGGCGGUCCUGUCGCCAUGAAGCUGCGCGUGCGGCUUCAGAAGCGGACCCAGCCGCUGGAGGUGCCGGAGCCGGAGCCGACGCUCGGCCAUCUGCGCGCGCACCUCCGCCAGAGUCUGCUGCCCACGUGGGGGUUCAGUUCUGAUACCCGAUUUGCAAUUACAUUGAACAACAAGGAUGCCCUCACUGGAGAUGAAGAAACCUUGGCUUCAUAUGGGAUUGUUUCUGGGGACUUGAUAUGUUUGGUUCUUGAAGAUGACUUGCCGGCACCUAACUUACCUUCAUCUACAGAUUUAGAACCUUCCUCACUCCAGAAUACUGACCAACCUUCUCAGGCUGCCAGCUCAUGUCAGGCUAGUGUCCCCGAUGAACGGUGGAGCCGCUCUUCCCAAGCACAGGCCACCCAGUUUGAUGCCCGGAGUGAUGACAGUGCGGAAGGGCCUAGUCAAAUUGUUGAAGCUGUGUCAAUUCAGGAUGCCAUGGGUAUGGAAGAGGAUUCUGGUUUCCAUCCAUUGGAACCAAUGCUGUGCAGUGAAACGGAGGAUGGCCAGGUACCACAUUCACUGGAGACUCUGUACCAGUCAGCUGGCUGCUCCAGCAUCAAUGAUGCCUUGAUAGUGCUGGUGCAUCUCCUCAUGCUCGAGUCGGGCUAUAUACCUCAGGGCACUGAAGCCAAAGCAGCAUCAAUGCCUGAGAAGUGGAAGUCAAGUGGUGUGUACAAGCUGCAGUACACACACCCUCUCUGUGAGGAGGGCGCUGCUGUGCUCACCUGUGUGCCUUUGGAAAACCUCAUCAUUGUAAAUGCUACAGUAAAAAUCUGUGGUGGGAUUAAAAACGCAAAGUCAGUGCAGCUGCAGCCAAGAUCCUACGUGUGUGGAGUGGAACCAGGGGAAAGUGCAGCCAAAGUGUACAAAGAUCUUAAGAAGCUCUCUCGACUCUUCAAAGACCAGCUGGUGUACCCUCUUCUGGCUUUCACACGACAAGUACUGAACCUUCCAGAUGUAUUUGGACUGGUCGUCCUUCCGCUGGAGCUGAAACUACGCAUCUUCCGACUCUUGGAUGUUCAUUCUGUCCUGGCUUUGUCUGCUGUCUGUCAUGACCUUCAGAUUGCAUCAAACGACCCCCUGCUGUGGCGGUGUUUGUUUCUGCGGGAUUUUCGAGAUGGUACUGUCAGAGGUCCAGACACAGAUUGGAAAGAACUGUACAGAAAGAGGCACAUACAAAGAAAAGAGGCUCAGAGGAUGCGGCUCGCGAUGUUCCUGCCAUCGUCGUCCCAUUCUGUCCCAUUCUGUCCCAUUCCUGUCUACCCCAGGGCCACUUUUCCCACCUCACUGCUUCCUCCAGGCAUCAUUGGUGGUGAAUACGACGCGAGACCAAUACUGCCCAGUGUUGGGGACCCAGCUGGCUCACUCAUUCCAAGGCCAGGGGAGACACCUAACCCAUUUCAGCCGCUCAGACCACGUUUUGAUCCUCUUGGCCCACUUCCAGGACCUGACCCCCUCUUCCCAGGAAGAGGUGGCCCCAACAACAGAUUUCCCUUCAGACCCAGCAGGGGUCGACCAGCUGACAGCCAGCUACCAUUCAUGUGACUGAUUUGGAGGCUUUGUUGAAACCACAGAUGCUAUUUCCUUGGACGGUGACCUUGGCUGUCAGUUUCUGGUUGUGGCACCAAGGACAAGGUUACUCAGCCGGGUGGCUUUGGGAAGAGUUGACUGCUGGUCCCUGCUCUAGAAUCACCUCUGGGAUGGAGCUUGUGGUACUGAUUAUAUUCUGUGCUAGAUUAAUAAAAGUAAAAAUUA